UGGUCCCUCACCUCACAUACAUAAACAGCAUAAGUGUAACUGCUUCGCAUGAAGCUGGAUAUAACAUUAAGGCCGCGUGGAGGCACCACAGCGGGAGUUACCACGCGGACAGUGUGCAGGCUGAGGCAUCUUCGCACCCUCGCGACAGACAAAGAGAUGCAUAGAGAUACACAGGAACACGAUUAUCUACGCGCCGUCGUCAGAGGCUGUGCCGAGCCUACGCCGGAACAUCAUACCUGAGCGCUGACAUGCAUUCAUGAUUCCACUUCUAUGGUACUACAUAUGGAUGCCGAUGGCCGCAUAUGCGGCAACCAUGGCGGCUCUGGCGGCUUCGAUGCCGCCUUGAGCAGCGACAGCGUCACCGAUCCUCCGGCUCCUCUGGUCAUCGCGUGCCGCGCGGGAGCCAACGGGCUGUCCCAGGGUGUCCGGCACGGCCACGCGCUCAGCCUCCGGAUGCCGCGCCGAGGCAGCAGCAGGGACGGGGACCACCUCGUCGAGGGCCUCUGCGGCGCGCUCGGCUGCCUCUCGCUCGGUCGCUGCCUGUGGCGCGGGCACGGCCAGGCUGUCGGCCUCGGCCUGGCGCACAGCGGUCGGGCGACGCCUGGCCCACGCAGCACGGCGUGUGGACGCCUUGCAAUGGGCCUCGAAAGCCACGACUGCGGCUGUGGCCUGCCCCUGCCCGGCCAGCGGAAGCCCAUGACCACUGGCUUCGGCAGCACCAGCGCCGAAAGCACCAGCAGGCAGACGCGUCACAGGGCGGAGCGCGCGAUCACGAGAGGCGUGGCCAACACCACCAGGAGCUCCAGCGGCAGCAGCAGCAGCGGGUAGCACGUACCUGCAAUCUCCACGAUGGUCCGCACGAACGUCUGUUGCUGGUGGCGGCGGCAGAUCUCGUGGAGGCCGUAGCAGGGCCGAAGACGAUGACAUCAACCUCGGCGAAAACGGCGGAGGUCCGGUUGGCGGCGGCGGCGGCUCCGGCCUGCGAGCCGCCAGUGGCUCAGCAGCAGCAUCAUGAGCACGAUCACGGGCACGGGCCCCGCCCGCAGCCGCAGCCACCAGCUCCGGCACACCAGCAUGACCAGCACGGUCGGGUACGAGAACACCACGAGCAGGUACGGGUCCAGCACCAGGAACUCCACGAACCUGCAGCUCGGACGGAGCCUCCGAGGCAGCAGGCGACGGCUGAGGCCACCAUACUGGCGCUGCGGAAGCUGGGGGCGGCAGCGCCUCUGGCAGCCAACACCAAGUGGCCGCCGU